AGGAAUAGUAUUUCUGAAAGUCUGGUAAAGUGUAUUGCAGCUCGAAGGGACUGGGACUGUAUGCGAUUAUUAUAAAAGGAACAAAAUGUUAUUUAAUAGUAUUUGGGGUAACUUACUCAGAAAAAAUUCAGUUAAAUGCCAGAAUCUGAAGAAAAAAAUAAGUUUGUUUCGAGAUUUUUCUCUAAACUCAGGAACAAGGGUUUUUGAACCGGAAUAUGAUGUUGUUAUUGUGGGUGGAGGAAUUGUUGGCAUGGCAACAGCCAGAGAGUUGAUCAUUAGGCAUCCACAAUUGACCUUCGUUGUUUUAGAAAAAGAAGACAGAUUAGCUGUUCAUCAGAGUGGAAAGAACAGUGGUGUUAUUCAUGCUGGUAUUUACUAUACUCCUGGAUCUCUCAAAGCAAAACUUUGUGUGGAAGGUCUGGAGAAGUCCUACAAGUACUUAGAUGAGCAUAAUAUUCCUUACAAAAAGUGUGGCAAGUUGAUAGUGGCAACAACGCCACAAGAACUUCCACGUCUUCAUGCAUUGCUUGAAAGAGGCCAGAAAAAUAAUGUUAGAGAUCUUAAAAUGGUUGAACAGAAGGAAAUUAAAGAGAUUGAACCCAAUUGUACAAUAAGUGUGAAUUGUUCAAUUGAUGUUGGUGAAAAUAUCAGUCACAUUCAUCAAAUUGCCAACAUUUUCAUAAGUCCUUUAUCUGUGGAUGAUGUUAAAGCCAUUGUCCAACAUGUGGUUGGCUCAUUGAUGCUACCUGGACCCUCUUAUUCUGCCUCUACCUCACAGUUCCCUUUCCCUGCCUUUAAUACUGAUGCUGAUGAAGACGAUUUUGAAUGGCUUUUUCCACCUCCAGGCUUUGCUUUGUGUUUCUUCAUGCCUUCUGAAGAACAACUGCAAUCUUCUUUGGGUUUUCAGAACCUCAUUACCCUG